GUUGCCCUAUUGUUGGAUACCGAUGUGGGAUUGUUAUUCCACCUAUUCGCCCUAAUGGGAAUGGGCGUGCCGGUACUUCUUCUAUCAGCACGACUGAGUCCGACAGCCAUCGAAGGCUUGCUUAUGCAGACUUCUGCGUCCGCUAUCUUAGCAUCGCCCAGAUUGACAAGAACAGCGAAGGAAGCUUUAGCAUUGCAUACAUCACCAAAUGCAACCCCGAGAUUACACAUCGCAGAACCAUUCCAACAGUUUCUCGACAAACCAAUGCCCAAAUCCUCAAGCAGCAUCUGCCACGAGGGCCACUACGUCGCCGACACCGACCGCAACGUCGUCAUCCUCAACUCCUCCGGGACAACCGGACUCCCAAAAGCAAUC